ACACAUCCUGGAUUUCAUCCAGUGUGCCUGGCGCCAUGUGGCGGCAGCGCCAGCAUUGACCUCCUGAUAUGGUGGACCUCACCGGGGAAUUCCGACGUCUCGCCGGGGUGCAAGGCAUUUCGGCUCCUGCGCCGGGCGGCUUCAUACGCCGUGCCCAGGCGGAGAAGGGCCGGCUGCGGGCUCUAAGGGACUUGCGGGACAGGGCGGCGACGGCGGAGAUCAACCAGAUCCAGGCCAGCGUCGGGGAGCUGGAGUCGAUGGUGGAGGACCUGAGCGACCUGCCAAUGGCGCCCGGGCAGGACAGAGACCAGGUGGCCCACCGCCGGGGCGUGGUGGCAGCUUUGUACGAGGAGCUGCGAAGUCUGGCAGCCAAGGUCCAGGGAGAGCAGGUGAGCGAGCUGCAGCACGAAGCAGAGGUGGCCGGCUACUUCAUGGCCGCCGCCCCACGGCGGCCUGUGAAGCCCCCGCCGAGUGCUGCAAUGGAGGAUCUCAGAGUGCCUGACACUCUUGGUGGGUCGGAGGCGCUGCGGGCUGAGGAGCAACGGCUCCUGGCAACCUUUACCACGGACCUGGACAAGAUACAGGAGACGCGCGCGAAGAUCGAGGAGGUGUCCACCAUGGUGGGCUUCUUCGCGACCAAGGUUGCCGAGCAAACGGAGCAAACUGAUGAGAUUCUGGAGCUCACGGAGGAAAGCACUGGCUACGUGGAAGCCGCGGAGAAGAACUUGCAGAGGGCCAUUCAACACAGCAAUUCCUACCGCUUCUAUGUGGUGUGCUGGUUUCUGGGGUCCGCGAUGUUCCUCCUGGUCGUCGACUACAUCGACGCGCGCUGGUCUCCGAUCUGACGCACCGAGCCAAACCCUGGCAAAGUUGGACUGCCAGACAGAGUUUGUUAACGCACUGCCUGAUGGCAAAGGACAAUUGAA